AUGAGCAGCCAAUAUCACAACGAGCCGAUCACGACAGGAAAGGUUGUUCUACAAACUUCCGCCGGCGAGAUCGAAAUCGAAUUGUGGUGUAAAGAAACUCCGUUGGCGUGUCGAAACUUCAUUCAACUUUGUAUGGAGGGUUACUACAAUGGAGCCCCAUUUCAUCGACUCGUCAAGGAUUUCAUCAUUCAAGGAGGAGAUCCGACGGGAACUGGCCAAGGAGGCGAAAGUAUUUACGAAAAGCCGUUCAAGGAUGAGUUUCACCAACGGCUGACGUUCAAUCGGAGAGGCUUACUCGGCAUGGCAAAUUCGGGAAAAGACGAUAACGGAUCGCAGUUCUUCAUCACGUUGGGCACCGAUCCACAACAGGUGCGCGAGCUCACCCGGAAACACACAUUAUUUGGAAAAAUUGUUGGUCCGACGAUGUUCAACAUGUUGAAGAUGACUGAGGUGGAUGUGGAUUCAAAUGAGCGCCCAAAGACACUCUACAAGAUCACCGGAGCCGACGUCUUAACCAAUCCAUUCAAGGACAUUCGACCAAGGGAAAAAGAACGACGAAAAAAGAAGAAAGAAACGAAAGUGACCGAGACGAAGAAAUUGAAUCUACUAUCAUUUGGCGACGAGGCGGAAGAAGAUGAAGAUGAACUGACUCAAAUCAAUAAGAAGCUCUCCAACAAGGGCAAAAGUGCUCACGAUGCGCUCGAUGAUGAACAACUCAGCAAGCAAGUCGCCGUAACACGAGAUGAAAUGGCCGAUUAUGACCCGGAUGAAGAUGCACAAGAUCUGACGUCGAUGAGUCGAAUUCGGCAAAAGCUGGCCGAAAAACGGAAACAUGGUGAUGACAAAAAGCCUGAAGAAGAUGAGGAUUUGGACUCGAUUAUCGAACAGGAAAGAAAGCAGAAAGAGCGAGAACGACUGGAUGAAAUGGCCGGCGAAUUGAAGACACUUCAAAAGGAGUACAAGAAAGCACUACGCGGCCCAAAGGAACGAAAAAUUGAAGAAGAAGAAGAGCCCGUUACUGAGGUGAUAGCAGAGUACAAGGAAAUGCGCAUCAAGUUCAAAUCAAAGACAAAGAAGUUGAAAAGCAAACGUGACGAGGGACGAGAAAAUCAGACGAUGCAACUUCUUGAGCGUUUCCGGGCAAAGUUGGAUCAAGCCGAACAGGCAGACAUUCUCUUCGACAAAACGAAAGAAGAGGAAGAAAGAAAACGACGAGAAGCUCUCAAACAAAAUGAUGCCGAUGGACAAGAUGAAAAUAACAAAGAUGCGGCGAAAGCGUUUGGCUAUGAUUUGGAUGCGGAAGACAUUGUUGGCACUGAUUGGAUGCGACACACUUUUGUUGCUCAGGACGAGAUCGAUCCAAAUGUUACGCGCGCUAAGGAUGCCAAUCUCCGUGACGAGGCGAAGAGUGACUGGUAUGAUCUAUCGGAUCCUCGACAUCCAAUCAACAAGAGAAAACGCGGCGAAAUU